UAGGCUUUCUGAAGGCAAUGCACCUUCUUAGUUUGACUGCAACGGCUUAGAUGGCGCCACAAACACCAGCCGUUUGAUCGGUAAGUAGGUACACUUUUGGCACUCAAGUAAAGUCAAUCUAAAAAGUCGAAGAACCUAUCGGAAGAGUCCUAUUAAGUAAUAUCACAGUAGGUAUUAGUUUGUACUGAUACAUCAUCAAGUAAUUGGACUCUGGAUAGAUAGCUCCCUAUGUAGAAUAGAAAUAAUUGGGUAGGUAAAGUAUGUAUAGUAAGUAAAGUCACACACAGUCUUCAACUGACUGAUAGGUAUUUUACAAAGGAAAUUGCUAUAUCUACAGCAAAUCUAACAGGAGCCACGAACCGACAGAGGUUCAAUCUCUGAGAAUAUUAUUAAGUAUAUCGUUUAGAUAAAUGAUAAAAACGGAAACCUUAAUGUUACAUUUUGAAAUCACAGAUAGAACAUCCGUCUUUCAGCCGCAUUACAACAGGUUCGACUCGAUGCGAGUUUGCGCAUUAGGUACCUACUCGCACUGCACUAAGUAAGUAUACCUUUUUGGAAAAAUAUCAAUAGCGAUGAAGUAUACGAAGCUCAACAGUAUCGCUAUCUUCGAACGCGCAUGCGUCGUUGUAGGAUGGAUGGUGAAAAGUCUAGCAAAAUCAUUACGGUGCAUAACAUUCAGAAUAGAAACAGUGCCAUAAUAAUAAUUAUGCCCUUAAAAAUUUAAACAUGACGCAAACAAUUGACGACAACUUUGAACGUUGCUGCCGGCUCUGUGCCGAAGAACAAGAUGUUACUAUAAUGAUAUUCAGUAAAGAAGCCGAAGCAAUGCUUCUACAAAACAAACUCAACAAAUAUUUAUUAAUUGAGGUGGAUGAAGACGACAAGUUGCCCAAAAACAUUUGUAUUAAGUGCUGCACAAAAUUACAAUCAGUUUGUGAUUUUAUUGAUACAGCGCGGAAGGCUCAGGAAGUGCUUCUACAACGUAGUUUUGUGAUAGAUCGGAUCAUAACAGAAAAAUGCAUGAUAUCUUUAGCAACAGAUGAAAAGUUUGAAUCGGAAGAAAGUGUCGAUAAUGAUAAAUUUACUGAAAUGGAAGUGAGUGUUGAUCCAAUGAUGGUUCUGCAAAACUCUGCAUCAACUUUCUCACCCAAUUAUGAGCAAAGCCCCUCAGUGGAAGACGUAACCUAUCUACAUGGAUUGGAUACAGAAAAUGUCACUAUAAAAUUAAUCAAAAAGGGGGGUUCGCAUUCCGAUUCAGAAGAUGAAAAGGAAAAGGACAGCAAUCAACCAACUUCUAAUGAGAGUGGUGAUGAUGAUGAAAAAUUUGUAAAGCCCUUCCAAUGCACAUCAUGUGACCGUAGCUUCUGCACAGACUUGGCUUUAAAAAAUCAUGUCUGGAUUCACAUUCCUGAAAACAAAGAUGAGAGACACUAUAAUUGCCACACAUGUUCAGAGGGCUUUUUUUAUAAGUAUGAUUUAAUCUCACAUUUGAAGAAGCAUCGAACAAAUGGUGUAUGUCAGCUCUGUGGAAGAAUGUUCAGAUCAGAAAGAACUUAUGUUGCUCACAUGUCAGUACAUUUACCAUCAAGCAAGUCAUAUACUUGCAAGAUAUGUGGGCGCUCAUACAACACAUGGGGAGGCCUGAAAACGCAUAGUGUCACUCAUAGUAGCGACAGACCUUACUCAUGUGAAAUUUGUAUGAAGACUUUCAAAAGAAACCAGGAUUUAAAAUUCCAUGUAAACCAGCACACGGGAGCGAAACCGUACAAAUGUCCAUUCUGUGACAAAUGCUUUGCAAGUUCAGGAAAUUGUUACUCUCACAGAAAUAGGAUGCAUCCUGGGGAGAAACAUGAAGGGAGCACUAAGAGAAUAGUGCCUGCAGCUGCUGGAAUGCCUGCACUUCGCCCGAUUGCUCCAAAACCUGACCCCCUUGAGGAACCUACGGAUAGCAAUCUCACUAUUGUAAAUGGUGUUAAAAAAUAUAAAUGCCACUUGUGUGAUCAUAGUUUUGUGAAGAAAGAAAAUUUCAAUUACCACAUGUACCAACACACGGGAGAAAAACCUUUCAAAUGUACGUUUUGUUCGGAAAAAUUCGUGACCAGAAGAGGAUUACUCAUCCAUCAUGAUAAUAAACAUCACGGCAAGAAUCGUCCACUGGGUGUCAAUAUAAAAACUGUAUUUAUCGACGUUCAAUAAUAUUGACUUAAAAGAU